GCCUGAGAGCCUCGGCCUCGGCCCGGCCUCCAUCCCUCUGACCCACUUGGCCACUCGGUCCAGGGGCCCAGCAUCCGCCGCCUGCCGCCGCAAGGCCGCCCCUAGCCCAGGGCAGAUUACAUAACGGGCCGCGAGCCGCCGCGCUCUCGCGAGAUUUACUCCGCCCCCCCUCCCCUCCUUGCUCCACGUCAGAAGGAACCGGGCGGAGCGGCCAACAUGGCGGAACGCAGGCGACACAAGAAGCGGAUCCAGGAAGUUGGUGAACCAUCUAAAGAAGAGAAGGCUGUAGCUAAGUAUCUUCGAUUCAACUGUCCAACAAAAUCUACCAAUAUGAUGGGUCAUCGGGUUGAUUAUUUUAUUGCUUCCAAAGCAGUGGAUUGCCUCUUGGAUUCAAAGUGGGCAAAGGCCAAGAAAGGAGAAGAAGCUUUAUUUACCAACAGGGAGUCAGUGGUUGACUACUGCAACAGGCUUUUAAAGAAACAGUUUUUUCAUCGGGCCCUAAAGGUAAUGAAAAUGAAAUAUGAUAAAGACAUAAAAAAAGAAAAAGAUAAAGGAAAAUCUGAGAGUGGGAAAGAAGAAGAUAAAAAGGGCAAGAAAGAAAAUAUAAAAGAAGAAAAAACAAAAAAAGAAAAAGAAAAGAAGAAGGAUGGUGAAAAGGAAGAUUCCAAAAAGGAGGAAACUCCAGGAACUCCAAAAAAGAAGGAAACUAAGAAAAAAUUCAAACUUGAGCCACAUGAUGAUCAAGUUUUUAUGGAUGGAAAUGAGGUUUAUGUGUGGAUCUAUGACCCAGUUCACAUUAAAACAUUUGUCAUGGGAUUAAUCCUUGUGAUUGCAGUAAUAGCAGCCACCCUCUUCCCUCUCUGGCCAGCAGAAAUGAGAGUAGGUGUUUAUUACCUCAGUGUGGGCGCAGGCUGCUUUGUAGCCAGUAUUCUUCUCCUUGCUAUUGCUCGUUGCAUUCUGUUCCUCAUCAUCUGGCUGAUAACUGGAGGAAGGCACCACUUCUGGUUUUUGCCAAAUCUGACUGCUGAUGUAGGCUUCAUUGACUCCUUCAGGCCUCUGUAUACACAUGAAUACAAAGGACCAAAAGCAGACUUAAAGAAAGAUGAGAAAUCGGAAACCAGAAAGCAACAGAAGUCCGACAGUGAGGAAAAGUCAGACAGUGAGAAAAAGGAGGAUGAAGAAGGGAAAGUAGCACCGGGAAAUCAUGGAACAGAAGGCUCAGGUGGAGAGCGACACUCAGACACAGACAGUGACAGGAGGGAAGAUGACCGGUCUCAACACAGUAGUGGAAACGGGAAUGAUUUUGAAAUGAUUACAAAAGAGGAACUGGAACAGCAGACAGAUGGGGAUUGUGAUGAGGAAGACGACGACAAAGAUGGAGAAAUGCCUAAAUCUGCACAUGAAAAAUCAUAAUCUGACUAGUGGGGACUGAAUAAGUGCAACAGGUUGGGUUUUCUAUGUUGGUGGAUCAUCAUAAUGUACACAUGGCAUUUGUAGCAUUCUUUAAAUUCAUUUUCUGAAAUGUAUUUGACAUUCAGUUACAGUCAGCCUUUUGUUUUGUAGAACAUUGGUACUGUUAUUGGUACAGUCUAAAGCCAUUAAUAAGUUUAAUCCAUCUGAUAAUUUUACAGUAUGUAGGCCUCAUUUUGAUGGUCAUCAGAUACAUUGUCCGCAGUGACAUUUAGAUUAAGGGCAUUUUUGAUAGUUGUAUGGCUUUUUACUGUUAGACUAAUGGAAAUCACUAAAGAAACUGCAGCAUUUCAGAUUAUGCAUAAGUAUAUAGCCAUUUUGCAGUUUCUUUAGGAUGAAAUGCUUAAACUCAUUGUCCUUGGUAGUUAUGGUUUGUUUUGUUUUUUUCUUCAUGAAAUUAUACCAGAAAAUUCCUUUUUAAGAUUUUGAGUUAGCAGGGAUCAAGGACAUUUUAUGGAGACAGGCCAGCUAGUGACAGCGCAGCAGCACUUCUAUUCAGCUACAGAUUCUCCUCUUUCAGCUUAGGAUCCAAACUGAACUGUGCGUCCAGUCCAGAGAAAGGGGGUCACCUCCGCAGAAAGUGAAGAGCGCUGAUUGGUGGGCGAGGGCUCUUCCUUCCUCCCUUGUCACAGCAUAAAAUGUAUUCUGUACAUAAUUGACAAAUAAAGCAUUUUAUUUUCAUUGUUACUUAUUAUUUAGACAUUUCUCAACACAUAAAUUUGUAAAACAAAAACCAUGUAAGGUAUGUUUUUAGAGAGUUUCAGUAACACACAGAACAUCUGAUCUUUCUACAGCAGCUUCAGUUAUGUGCCAACAUUCCAUGUAUUUUAAUAUGAGUAAAAAUUAUUAAGUAAGAACAGACUUAAAGUAGCUGUUUGUACGCCUUAAUGUUCAUUUUGAUUUAUUUUAAAUUUUUUUCAUUUAGAAAUGGGGACUAUGUUAUCAGCCCAGAAGGCACUGCUGUGAGAGACAAUUUACUGUUCUAAAAUACCAAUUAAAAAUAAAGGAUAUAAAAGAAAACAUAGAGAACCAUUGGACUCUAAUUGCUUUAAAUUAGUUUUGCCAUUUUAUUUUUUACAUACCUUAGUUACAAACCUUUUUUGAAAAUCUGUUUCAGUACAAGCAUUCCUUGGAGCCAUAUUCUUACACAGUGAGCGUUAAAUGAUUUUCCUUCAGUCACAGAAUGGUUUUGCAUUAUACUUGGUAGGUGGUGGAAUAUGUAGGUCUUUUUCUUUCUUUAGGCUGUUUCCCUUCUUAGUAUAUGACUAAAGAUGACCUUUAAUUUGAGAAAAUGCAUUCUCUGUAUAUUGACAUUUUAUGAAAUACGGCUUUUAGUCUUCCCUGUAUGCGGAAAGAAUUAUAGCUGCAGUCUUUAAAGGUUUUCCUCAAAGCACUGUGUAUUGAUUAUAGCAGUGCCCGGGUAUUUUUCCUUCAUGCCCAGUUUGAAGAGCUCUGCUGCUUUAUUUCCACAAUAAAAAAAAGGAUAAUUAUAGCUUAUGAACUUGUUAGUCACCAGUAGCUUAAUACCUUUGUGGGGUAUGAAAAAGGAACCAGAAUGUUUUAUAAACAAUAAAACUGCUUCGUUAACCUUUACUACCAUGGUACCCAGGCACUCAAUAUUUAUCUGCAAGUUCUUUAUAACAUAUGUCCUGUGUCUAGUCUAAAAAGUGAGGAACACUAGCUACAAAGUCCACUUACUGAUUUCUACAGAAUGCUAGCAAAAUUUUUAUAAAUAUUUGAUGACCUUUGGGGGGAUAUUUUAAUUAUAGUUACUAUGAUGUAAGCUAGAAACUUCAGCUUGGUUUCUGUUGUAUGCUUCAAGGUUGAACACUUUAAACAUAAACUCAGAAUGCUUCCUCUGUUAUAGUCUUCAGAAAUCUUUGUUGGCUAACUAUCCUUGUGUUCAAGCAUGGAAAAUUGUUUACAAUAGCCAAUGGAGUGGUGAUUCCUAUGCUGCUGUAAGUAGAAGCACAAAGCUUUUGAGUAAUGUAGGAUUCGUUGUGGUGUGUGUGUACAUUGGCCUAAGCAUAAUCAAGAUUGAACUAACCAGGGCCUGAGGUCAGGUUGAAGAAUAGUGCAUUUGUGAAUGUUGUCAAAAUUAAGGAAUAUACGGUGCUUUUUCUUUUCCCUCCUGAAUUCUCUAAUUUUUAAAUUAUAAAGCCUUCUAGAGAAUGUUAGUUGAUAAUUUCAAUGAAUAACUACUCAAAGUAAUAAAUUUUAAUAUAUUACAUUGCAA